GUUUUUUACCUGUCAUGGCGACUAACGUGUGCUAUUUAGCUGCAGCAAUAGCUGUUGUUUAGAAAGAAUGUGCUCUUAAUUUCUCAUUUAACAGUCUUUAAAUUAACUGGAUAUGAUCAAAAAUAGAUCCAACAGUGUGAGGACGUAUGAUGAAGAGGGUUAUGUCCAAAGAGCUGGCUGCCUUUGCUUCAAAACCGAAGAAGAACAAGAGGUCCUCCUGGUAUCAAGCUCCAGACACCCAGAUAGAUGGGUCGUUCCUGCUGGAGGAAUAGAACCGGGAGAGGACUCAAGAGAAACGGCAAUCCGUGAAGUUCAAGAAGAAGCUGGAGUUAAGGGAAAUCUUGGAAGGUUUCUAGGAGUAUUCCAAAAUGACCUUAGUCGAACAAGAACUUGGGUAUUCGUGCUUAUUGUCACAGAACAGCUUGAAACCUGGGAAGAAUCAAGAAACGGUCGUAAGAGAUCUUGGUUCCCAGUUGACAAAGCAAAUGAAAUGCUUUCUGCGAAGCCUGUCCAGCAAAGAUACCUUGUAAAAGCCAAAAGUACCCGGUGACAAAAGUGUGUCUCUCCAGCUGUGGUGCCCGGAGAUGGAUUAAAUAUUGUAAAUAUAUGAAAAUAGUAAUUAGAAUUUAUUGUUUAUGUUCCUCAAGACAUUAUAGAGUGCAAACAAUUAAUCCGUGAAACAAUAAUUACUAAAUGGUACAAAAUAGUGGUAAUUAAAUAAUAGAAAACAAUGGAAUUUACAUGAAAUUGUGUUAUUUAGUAUUACUAAAGUUCACGGAUUUACUGGUCACUCUAUUAUGCAAUUUGAUUUAUUUUUU